AUGCCUCGACGCUCUGGUCAUACUUCGGAGGAGAGCCCUGCUCCUCGGCGCACAAGCGCGCGAAUCGCUGCUGUCCAAGCAGCAUCGCCGGCAAAGUCUCCUGUUAAGUCACCAAGACGUAAGCGGCAGUCAGCUGAACCGACGAAGAUAGCGUCAGAAGAUACGGAGUCUCAACAGUCGCAAAUCAAGAGUGAAGGUAGCACUGAAGAGAUUAACGGUUUGGACACCAGCUCCUCCACCAAAGACCGGGAUUCCGUUGCAGACUCACAAGAGUUACCGUCGAAGAAAGCCAAAGUGGACAUAGAAACAGAAAAAUCUGUCGACGUCAGUGAGGCUACUCCCAAAAAGUCGGAAGUCAGUGAAAUUGCCCCAGCAGUUAUUGAGAGCACUCCCACAAUAUCAACAGGAAUCAGCGAACUUAUCCCAAAAGUACCAGACGAGGUCCCACCAACAGAAACUGAACCACCAGUGAAUGAGGCCCCUGCUCCCAUCAUUACAGAAGCGAUAGAUUUCGAGGUUGUCGAAAAGACAGAUGUCCCCGCUGCCGACAGCGCUGAAGUUGAGGCAGCCGUAUCCGUCCAAGGAGAGGAUGGUCAACUCUUAGUAGGGUUCGUUCAAGUAGAUAAAGAUGAGCUCCCUUCGGCAACAAGCCUGGAAGUCAAACAGGUGACUCCGUCAGAACAGCCCGCGGAUCAUAUAACGGGACGCGUAAUAGAGGAUGCUCCAACUGCUCAUGUCCAUUCACUCAACUCAGUAAAUGGAGACAGCAAACACACGGCGCCCUUAGACGUGCCACCGACCACCGAACAGAUAGAGCCAGAAAUCCAUAGCAAACUGCCUGCCAUCAUUGAAACAGCAGUACAGCCCUCCUCGACUCCAGCUGCCGGAGAUGGUGCCGUCGUAGAUGCUAUCAGUCCUGAAAUGAUUCCUCAAUAAUUCCCGGUUCUAACCCUGUUUGAUUUCCAUUAAUGUUUUUAUUCGAGUAUUCUUCACUACAAUGAUUCCCUUCCCCAUGUGUCCAGGGUUUGUAACGCUCCUCAGAGAACAAGUCUAUUCGGUUGUUCGCGUUGUUGUUGGUGCUCGUUACAGUUAGAGCGCUCGCGCCGUUCAUCUUCAACUUACUCUGUCGCAUACAUAUCCCCGUGUUUCCAUCCCCAGAACACAGUCUAGCGAAUAAGUGCAUACGAGCUAUGUAUAUCAAUGCUAUUGUACGAGCCAUAACUGCGAUCGAGCUGCUAGUCGCGCGCGGGUGCGCCAUUUGUUAACCAAACACACUAUUUCACAUCCGAUACGUUAUUUGGCUUCACCUUGUUCAUAUUCAUCUGUGUGCGCGAAGGGUUUUCUAUCCUUCCUAUGUGUAUGUUGUCCGAACUGAAAAUUUUUUCAACCUUUUGCCCUUUUCCAUGGUUAAAUAUUUUAUAUCCACAUUGCAAUAGCGUUAUUACUACCAUCACCAUUGUUACGCGUAAUGUCACGGUCCAUCUGCAUUUGGUUGUUAAUAGAAUUGUACUUCGGAGUAAUUAUUUUCCCAUUCGACGUCUAUGAACAUUCUGUGGCGAAAUCCUGCAAUUUUCGAUGUUUCCGCGCGUUGUAUUCUAGCUUAUAUGUCUACAGCUCCACUUGAGCCACAUCCUUGACACAGAAUUCGGUCGUUAAGGCAACAGUCACAUCCCAUGCAGUUUGAAUAAUGUAGUUUUGCACACGAUCAUCACAUGCGUACUUUCCUGCAUGCUGCUUGCAACCAAGGUCCGGCCUCCGUAUUCCAUUUGGCCGUUGUGAGAAAUGCCCCCGAUAUAAGCUGUCCAUUCUACCAUCGUGUUACACGUG